CACCAUCCCGGCCUCUCCCUUCAUGCAGAAGUUGGGAUAUGGCACCGGAGUCAACGUGUACCUGAUGAAAAGGUCUCCCAGGGGUUUGUCCCGCUCCCCCUGGGCCAUAAAGAAGAUCAAUUCCAAGUGCAACCGGAGCCAGCAGAGCCUCUACGGGGAGAGGCUGAGGGAAGAGGCCAAAAUCCUGCGGGACCUCCAGCAUCCCAACAUCGUGGGGUACCGGGCUCUCACGGAGGCUCCGGAUGGCAGCCUGUGCCUGGCCAUGGAAUUCGGGGGGGAAAAGUCCCUGAACGACCUGAUCGAGGAGAGGAGGGAGCAGGGCCUGGGCCCCUUCCCGGCCAGAACCAUCUUCCAGGUGGCCCUGAGCAUGGCCAGGGGGCUGAAGUACCUGCACGGCGAGAAGAAGCUGCUGCACGGGGACAUCAAGUCCCCCAACGUGGUGGUCCGGGGGGACUUCGAGGCCGUCAAGAUCUGCGACGUCGGGGUGUCCCUGCCCCUGGAUGAGAACAUGACCGUGAGCGACCCCCGGCUGAGCUACGUGGGCACGGAGCCCUGGAAGCCCAGGGAGGCGCUGGAGGAGGGCGGGACCAUCACGGACAGGGCCGACAUCUUCGCCUUCGGGCUCACCCUGUGGGAGAUGCUGACCCUGAGCGUCCCUCACCUGCAGCUGGGAAACGGGGAUGAAGGUUGGGGGGGCUCCGCAUUCCCGGCGGGAAUCGUCCCCAGUGUCCCGGCUGAGCCUGCCCCGGGACAGCCCUUUCCAUGUGGGAAUUGUCCCCAAUAUCCUGGCUGAGCCUGCCCCGGGACAGCCCUUU